AUGGCACAGCAAAAUCACAGAUUCCAGUUCAACGCCAUUUUCCAAACCUUCGCUGGAGCCUAUCGUGAGGUUCAGAAUGCCCCGCCGGAACAACAGAAAACGUUUUCAAUUUCGGAGCCGUCGUCUCCCCAAAGUCAUAACCGAGUAAUUACUUUGAGCCAAAAUUGGCAAAUCAAAGUAAAUAAAUAUUCGGAAAGUCCUGAUGACACGCUCAGUUUUAUCAGGCGCUAUAUUUGCCGUAAGAGAAAUUUAGAAGAAGAAGAAGAACAACAACAACAACAACAACAACAACAGCAGCAGCACGAGCAAGAGCCACAGCAACAGCAACAACAAAUUAAACCAUGCUGUAUCAUCGUAUAUGGAAUCAGCGGAUCCGGCAAAUCGACAACCCUUUUCGGUGACGAAGCGAGGAACAUCAAAGGAUUUAUUCAAAGCUGGUUUCCGGGUGCCAGCGAAGAGGAUAUCGCUUUCCGUGCCGCAGAAUUUUCAUUAGAAAAGGGAGUUCGUGAUUUAGAUCAUUCAUCGACCCCUACGAUUAAAUUAUCUUCGAGUACCUCAUGGGAUACUUUCACGACAAAGAACGUCGUUGCUGGAUUGAAAGAUACUUUGAAGAAGAGAAUCGUAUGUGGAACCAAGUUCAACAAGUUCUCUUCGAGAAGUAUCUUGGUUGUCCAAUUGAUUAAUUCAAGAACGGCAGAAACAGCCUUCUUCGUUGAUUUGCCGGGAACAGGAGACCUUAAAAAAUUGGCCCCAGAAGGAUGUGAUGCUGCAACAACACGCUUGUUGACAGAUCAAUCCAAAUUUUUAAAGGAGCGGGUAUUUGAACUGACCAAUGGAUUCAGGAAACAAUCCACUGUUUUCACUGACCAUGUAUUUUGGUUGCUCGUCCGAAGAACUCUUCAAGAGAAGGCGGUGCGAAAACUUUUCUGGGUUUCGUGUGAGAAGAAGCCACUAACCCAUGAGAACUGCUUCCCAGCAGUUUACGUUUUGUCGACGAUACCGAACUGCCAAGGCAGUCAAAAUCUCCAAGGGAACUUUAUCCGACCGAAUAGUUCCCGACAACGAGUGGAAGGGCAAAAUAAUACGCCAGUUGCAAGAAGUGCAACCACUCUUCAAGUUCCCGUUCGACAGAGAAAAAUGACUCAAUCGGACAGAUUGCUUCGUGAGAAUGAAGAAAAAUUAGCUCGUGAAAAAGAAGAGCUUGCUAUUGAAAAACGAAAAAUAGCUCAGAAAGAGCAAGAAUUAGCUCAAAUAGAGCAAGAGCAAGAACGAAAAAUAGCUUAGAAAGUAG